AUGUCAGACAACAGCGCCCUCCUCGCCGCGUCAAGCGCUCGACCUGCAACGCCCAUCUACAAUCCACAUGCCUCAACGCCUACAGCGACUCUUCAGCCAGAGGCACCCGUCCAGUCACCCGCCAAGCGCUCUAAACUUGUCAAAGACGCUGCUGUGUUCAUCCGAAGCAAUGUCACCGGCCCGAUCAACUAUCCACCGUACGAGUGCUCCGACGACAGUCCGCACAUCAGCGCCGAGCUCUCUCAAGAACUCGCCGAAUAUCACCAGAUGUACCGCAUCCACCCAUCAGCACUCGGCGGCGACAAGAUCUCGGACUUUGCACGCCACAUCCCAUACUCGAGCGAGAAGAAGACGUUCCUCAACAAGACUGGUCGGGAUGCCUUCGAUGUCUUUCAAUACACCUUCAUUGUCCCGGGCGACGCCGAGCAGCGCCAGCACGUUGUAAUGUGGGACUACCAGAUAGGUCUCGUCCGCGUCACUCCUUUCUUCAAGGCUUGCAAACACUCGAAGACCACACCCGCCAAAUCGAUCAAGACCAACGAGGGUCUUGCAGAGCUGGCCCAUUCCAUCACCGGCGGUGCCUUAGCGGCCCAGGGAUAUUGGAUGCCAUACGCAUGCGCUCGAGCCGUCUGCCUUACCUUCUGCUACACUAUUCGCUGGGCGUUGACUCCGGUGUUUGGCCCUGACUUCAUCAAGGAGUGCCUCACGCCGGAUGACCCUGGUUACUGUCGCUUCAAAAUUGACCCGCAACUGGUUCUCGACGCUGCACAGGAGGUCAAAUGCAGAAAAUUAGGCACCGAAAGCCGCAGUGGAAGUCCAGCGGACAGUAAGGGUCACCUGGAUAUUCCUCGCAGUAUGCCAGCAAAUGUUAUCGCUGGAAAAGACUUGAGACCCCGCAAGGAGAAGAAACCCAGCUUCCCGUCAAGCUCUCCUUUCGCCUCAGAGUCUGACGCUUCGCACGACCGCCACUACUCACACAAGGCGCCUGCUGCACGAUCUCCAAGCCUGUCUCCAAAAUCGAGCCACCGAGAUUUUGCUGGCGCUGGCUGGACUAGCAUCAAUCACAACCGGUACGGCGCUUCCGCCUCUCCACCUCGCGCGCAGGACAAUACGCUGGCGGGCGCUUUACUCACGGAACCACGAUAUUCUCCUACCAUCUCGUGGCGUGACGCUGAACCAUUGCCACCCAACGAGGCUGAGGCGGCAAAUGGUUGCGCUGAUGCUGCUGACGCUGAGCAGCACGACGACGACGCCUCUCGUGAGUCCCUCCAGGACUGUGCCAAUGACUGCACCGUUGAUGGAAACAAGUCGUCUUCUGGUAGCGAGAGUGACGAUAUGGACAUCGCCAUAUCUCCGCCUCGCAAGAGGACCUCCUUGGCUCGCUCCACCAUGGAAACCCUUCACAGCAAGGAUAUCGCAAAGAGCCCGAAGAAGUUCAAUGCUGUAGAAGCGCGCGCUGCUCAAUGGCUGUUGAACUUGAGCGCGAGGGAUGCCGAGCUGGCGGCUGAGUCCAACCCUGCUCGUGGGCUCAAGAGGAAGUCAAGCGCGAUGUAG